UUCGCCACCAGAGGACAGCAGCAGCUCUGCUAACACUCACAGCGCUGCGGUGAAGAAGUCUGCACAUACACAAGGACAGCACGGUUAGAUAACGAUUGAAGUUAUGGCUCCUGCAGCACAUGUAUCAGCUGUACGGUCUCUGUAUAAGAGGAUCCUGAUGCUGCACCGCUUCAUGCCCAUAGACCUGCGGGCUCUGGGUGAUCAGUAUGUGAAAGACGAGUUCAGAAGACACAAGACUGCAUCAGCUGAAGAGGCCACACGCUUCAUGGCGGAAUGGCAGAACUACAAAGACACUCUACAAACACAGGUGCUGGAAGUGGUGGGAAACAAGAAGUUGGUGUUUGGCUCUGAUUUAUCUGAAGAGAAACUCAAAGACUUUCAAGACGAGCAGAUCGGACAGAUUUAUGAGCUUAUGCUUGAGUCCACAAAACCCAACCGGCAGUUUGAUAUUCAAGAGGAGGAAACGCCAAAGUAACACACCCUCUGAAGGGAAAAGAAGGAUUCUUUAUCUCCUCUCUACGGGGAAGUCGUCCCAUUGGGACAUGUUUUGACUCUUUCUUUUGUUCAUAGCGAAGACCGAUGAUUACAUUAAAA